AUGGCCGAUAAAGAUGAACGAACUUCUUUGCCACGUUAUCAAAAUUCAGAUGGUUUCAAGUUGUAAGUUUAGAAGAAAUCCCCAAAAUAAAUGAAUUUAUUUAUUUUCAGAGAAAUUGAUAUAGUGUCGAAAAUGAUUUCGGAUUUCGAAAUUAGUUCAAAUUCAGAUGACAAGGAUAAGAUUGAAAUUUUGCGGAAAAUCGAACCACUUCUGAAGGCUCUUCCUGCUAGUUCUUCAAAAGCUCCAAAAUUCAUUUCGAAUUUUUUAUACGAUCAAAACAUACAAAUUAGGAAAUUAGCAUACAAAUGUGCGUUUUAUUUACUUUCAAGCAAUCAGAAUGUGAGUUAUUUUUUAUAUUUAAUUUUUCAUAAUUUGUGCAUGUCAUUUUUUCAGAAUAACAGAUUAAUAAUAGACGCAUAUCGUUUAUCAUUGCUCAAUUCAAAUUAUCAAGUUGCUCAAUUUGCUUUAAGCAAUUUACAAGAAUUUGUAUUGGCGUGCCCAGGUUUGACAAAUUUUAGGGAAGCCGAUAUUUUAAAUUUUCAUUUCAGAAGAAUCACAAAAUCUGUUGAAGUUUUCUUCGAUUGCUAUGAAAAAGAUUACCGAGUUCAUUCACUUCAAACGAGUCACAUAUUUCAAAAUCUCUAGCUUCGAUCUCACAAUAAAGUAUUUUAUUUUAAUGUUCAAUUUUUAUUUAAUAUUCAUAUUAAUAGUUUUGAAACUGUCUUGUAAUAUCUUUUUAUUUCUGAUUGAUUAAAAGUCUAUAUAAUUUUUGAAGGAUGUCGGCUCGAGAAAGAAGAGUUCCCCGAAUCCAUACAUCAGCAGAAGCUAUCGCCUAUUUCGAAAAAUAUAGAAGAGUCAGAACAACUGAUAUGAAUAUCAAACAAUGUCAAUCUAUAACAUUUAAUGUGGAUGGAACAAAAUUAGUUUGUGGAUCAAAUGACAAAAAAGUAAGCGUGGCUGAUGUUGAUGGAGGAAGAUUACGUUUUUCUUGGGUUGGAUCAAGUCACAAUGCACCGGUUGAACAGGUAUUUUUUUUGAAAUAGUCUACUUAGAAAAAUGCUUCUUUAAAAAUAUAAUAGUGUAAAUUUAUUUUUGAUUGUUUAGGUUUCAUGUAGUGAUAAAUCUCCGUAUCUUUGUGCCUCGGCGAGUUCUGAUCGAAGUGUUUGUGUUUGGGAUAUUCGACAAAGUAAACCAUCCCAUAGAAUAUCUAACAAAGUUGGCAAUAUUUUUGUUGAUUGGUCGCCUUGUGAUUCAUAUUUCAUAUUUGGAGAUAGAGAUAGUAGAUUAAAUGUUGUGGAUGUCAGAAACUUCGAAGUUAUCAGCGUUAGUUUUUUGAAAUUUUUUUCAAAGAAAAUAUUUUUAUUGUUUUUCAGACCUACGAUAUGAAACAAAUGACUCAUGAAUUUUUAUUCCAUCCAUUAUCAAAACACGUGAUUGUAGCAAGUUCGUAUGGGAAAAUUGAAGUAUUGAAGUGAGUUUGAAUUAUUUAUAUUUUAAACAACCGUAAACUUCGGAUAAUUCGAUAAAAACUCUGUAAAAUUUUUAAAUUUAUAUUACAACUCUAGUCUUUUUCAGGUUUGAAAAUGGAAAUCUCGAACCAGCUGCAACAAUUCAAGCGCAUUCACUUCAAGUCGAUUGUCUUGCUUUGUCAGUUUCAAAAGACGGAAGACGUCUAGCAGUUGGUGCUUCAGAUGCUUCUUGUUCAAUUUGGAAUUUAGACGAACUGAUAUGCGAAAGAGUUAUUCCUCGACAUGAUUAUAAUAUUCGAACUGUUUCAUUUUCAUGUAAUGGAUUAUUAUUAGCAUCAGGAAGUGAAGAUCCAUCAAUUGAUAUUGCAUAUGUUUCAGAUGGUAAAAGGUUUGUGAAUAAAAAUGAUAUUGAAAAAAACAAAAACAAAGAAAACUUUAGAUGUCACGAGAUAAAAAAUCAAGGAGAAACAUAUGCUCUAACUUGGCAUCCAACUCAAUUACUUCUUGCUUAUUCGACUUGUGAUUCAAGUAAUAAACGAGAUAUAACAAGUAUCAAAACAUUUGGCCAUACAACAGUUUGA